AUGGUGGAGGGCGAUGUGGGCAAUGGCGCUCCGGUGCGCGCGGUGGCCUUCGUGAUCUGGGACCUCGACGGGACGAUUCUGGACACAGGUGGGGUGGCCGGGACUUGGUUGGGGUUGCAUCUGCCGAUCGGGCUGGGAGAAGAGAAGGGGGGGGGAUUCGAACUGGCGUCUUGGAGGAGGGGGGGGGAUGAGCGAUCGACGUGCCACGUCUAUAGG